UUCCACUUUCCCCUCUUUCCUCUUCGCCCCUUCUUCAGAAAUGGCCGUGGAUUUCAUGGGUUAUAGGAAUUUCUCGGCCAAGCUAGAAGAAAACGCCGUCGUCCAGGAAGCCGCCUCCGGCCUCGAGAGCGUCGAGAAGCUCAUCAGAUUGCUGUCCUCCCAGCAGAAGCAGGAGAAGUACCACUCCAUGGACAUGGACUGCACCGCCGUCGCCGACGUCGCCGUUUCCAAGUUCAAGAAAGUUAUUUCUCUUCUGGGCCGGACCCGGACCGGCCACGCCCGCUUCCGGAGAGCCCCUCUGCCCUUCACGGCUCCUCCACAAGAGUCCGUCAAUCCCAUAGAUUCUUCGUCCACUAGGGUCUACCAUGCGACGCCGAUCCAGCAGAUCGCUCCGCCGGUGGUUAUGCACCACCACGGCGGCGGGAUGGAGGGGACUAAAGACUCGUCCACCACUAUAAAUUUCUCAUCGUACUCUUCUGCUGCGACGACAUCGUUUAUGUCGUCGUUGACUGGGGACUCGGACAGCAAGCAGCCCAUGUCGUCUUCCGCGUUUCAAAUUACCAAUAUGUCCCAGGUCUCUUCAGCCGGAAAGCCGCCGCUUUCUUCUGCUUCCCUGAAGCGGAAGUGCAGCUCCGACACCUUGGGCUCCGGCAAAUGUGGUGCAAGCUCCUCUGGUCGCUGCCAUUGCUCAAAGAAAAGAAAGCUGAGAUUGAAGAGGGUAGUGAGAGUUCCGGCUAUAAGCUUAAAGAUGGCUGAUAUUCCACCGGAUGAUUACUCUUGGAGAAAGUACGGACAGAAACCCAUCAAGGGUUCUCCACAUCCAAGGGGAUACUACAAGUGUAGCAGUGUUAGAGGGUGCCCGGCUCGUAAACAUGUAGAGAGAGCUUUGGAUGAUCCAUCAAUGCUAGUAGUGACCUAUGAAGCAGAGCACAAUCACUCUCUCAAUAUUGCAGAGGCUUCGAAUCUCAUCCUAGAAUCGAGUUAGAUCAACAAAGCCUUUGUCUUUGAGCUUCUUUUAGAUGGAAAUCAAUGGUAGAUGUACUAGUAGUAGUGGUUACAGUACCGGCUGAACUCUGGACUCGGACUCGGUCAUGACUCGGUUCAAUCUCGAAGGAGAUGAGUGAGUUUGGGUAAUCAAAUCAAUUAGUUGAUGAAUCAAAUCAUUUUCCUGUACAAUAUGGGAUGCCUUCUUCUUUGCUCCUCUUCAAACACUGUGAAUUAUUUAAUCCUUAUUUCAAAAAAAAAAAAAAAAACUACCAAAAGAAAUGAGAAUGGUGGUGGAUUUGGUGAUC